AAUGGACAAAAAUAUUGACCCUCAACUCAGGUUCAAUGACCUUCGUUCACGGUCUGCUCAUCGUUGCGAGAGUUGGGAGGAGUAACUCGCGAGAUCGGAUUCCGGACAUAUGCAUAGACGUCGACAACCAAGAUAUCAGGCGUGCUAUUAUCGAGGUUUGGUUGAGACGGAACUAAUGUGCCAGUUGCCAUUUUGUGAAGAAAAUGUUUUGUCGAAGCAUGAAUGAAAUAUAUGAACCAAGUGGAUCAAAAGAAGAUGCGGCUCCCGCCGAGUUCGAUGAUGGAUUCAAGGCACGUGGCAUUAGCUUCCAAUACUCAUCUCCAACAGCAGUCAACAGCGCACACACCUAUCAUUUUCAUGCCCUGUGCGUCUAUAUGAGUAAAAUCAAGGCGGUAACGAUGCUGUCUUCGAGCGGGGACUUGCAAAGAAUUGCCCCUUUAAAUAUCAGUAUGAUGAAUGUCGCGGCGACUUUGCCCAUUUUCCGUGCGUUUUUGGUUUUUGCCUGGUUUUUGCGAUCGUCAGAAGACUUACGUGUAAUUUCACAUGUGCCACAAUUAUCAGAUUGUUCAGCGAGUUUAGGUAUAUGUUUAAUUCAAGUAAUCAUUGCAAGAAUAUGGGUAUACAAGGUGGAAUUAUUGUUCUGAAAUGUAUAUCCUACGGAGCUCGCUGACUUCUCCAAUUUCGUCGCAAAUAGGACACGCCUCUGUGUACUUGUAUGCCCCAAUAAUACAUGGUGCACAAAAUAUAUGCCCGCAAAGCGUGGUACAUAUCGUGCCGCAGUCUUUUUCUUCGCACAUUGGGCACUCGAAAUGGUGGGAAAGAUGUUCUUCGUCAUCUUCAUCAACCUCAUCGUCAGAGUUGGAAGCAUAAUCGUCAAGAGAUGGUUCCGAGGGAUCCAUGAGGUCUUCCUGGUCUUCGAAAUCCAGGUCGUCCCAGAUUUCCCAAGAAUUAUCGUCAUUAACCCCUAAUUUAUGGGCUUGUGACUCGGCAGGAACGCCGUCUGGAUAACGAUCCAUGCCACGAUCGUCUUCCCACCCGUCAUAG